AUGGAAGAAGAAAGUAUAAAACUAAAUGAAAAUCCAGUAAAACAUGAAUUUGAAGCUGAAGAAAUUCAAAAUGAAAAAAAGAAAACAUUUAAUUGGGCUGAGUUUUUAGCUUGUGUAUCUGUGGCAACUACUAACUUACACACAGGAUUUGCUUUGGGAUUUUCUGCAAUACUUAUACCACAACUUGAAAAAUACAAUGAUGAAAUGGGCAAGAUAAGCAGUUCUCAAUCUUCCUGGAUUGCCAGCAGUAUUUCAAUAGCUGCUCCAUUUGGAUGUCUGUUUAUAGCUUUUACGCUGGAUAGAAUUGGUCGUAUAUCCACGUUUAAAAUUUCUCUAUGGCCAUGUUUUAUUGGAUGGAUGUUAAUUGCUCUUGCUUUUAACCCAAAGAUUAUCAUCAUUGGAAGAUUAUUGACCGGAUUUGCUAUGUCUGUUGGUACAAAUUCAGCCAAUGUGUAUAUGGCAGAAAUAUCUAGUCCAAAACUUCGAGGUUCCAUGAUGUCAAUAGGUUCUGUGAUGUUAUCAUUUGGAAUAUUAUUAAUGUACUGCACUGGGUUAUAUCUACAUUGGCGUAUUGUUGCAUGGAUAGCAUUUGUUGGGGCAAUUUUCCCAGUUCUUAUGACUGCAUUUUGGACACCUGAAAGUCCUGUUUGGUUAAUUCAUACAGGGCAAGAUGUUAAAGCUUUAAAAUCUUUAUCAUAUUUAAAAAACUCUAAAUAUUGUGCAGGUGGUGUACAAGAAACUUUUAACGAGAUGAAAAGUAUUAAAGAAAAAAAAGAUUUAUUAAUUAAUAAAGAAAUGGAAAACAGUAAUGUGUUUAGGCGUAUAGCCUGGCAUUUGUCUAAGCCAACUGUUUUUAAACCUGCACUUUUUAUGGUUGUAUUCUUUAUUUUACAACAAUUUACUGGAAUUUAUACAUUUCAAUUCCACGCUGUUAAAAUGUUGCAAGAAGUUGCUCAAGGUAUCGACAUCAAAUUUGCCACUUUACUGUUUGGUUUGUUUCGGUUCUUAUUAAGUUUUGUGGCAACAGGAAUGUUACAUAAUUACGGUAGACGUCCACUGUGUAUGAUUAGUGGUAUUAUCAUGGGAAUUACCUUGUUCAUUUCUGGAUUAUGUUUUUGUUUAAGAACUAAUGGUGAUGAAAGUAUUAUUAUGACAUGGAUAUCAUUAUUGUGUAUGUUACUCUAUAUUUCGGCUGGCUCUGUCGGCAUAAUGCUGAUUCCGUGGAUACUGCCCAGCGAAAUGUUUCCGACCGAGUUCAUUUUUACGAGGAUCUUAAAAGAAUAUUGGGUGGUAUGCUAG